CUGUGCCCGAAGAGGAAACUGGUCGGCCUGGGCGGGGGCCAUUUUCCGUAAUACUUGUUUCACCACUGUCGCUUAUGUGUACUCAGCUGUCACAGCCUCGCCUGACUGUGACAUGGCUGUGUUUUUUAAAGAAACAAAAAGUACCAUAUGUCGAUUAUAAAGGCAGACAUGAUGCCAGUAGAAUUCCAAACAACAACAGCAAUUCACUCAGCAAUCUUCUAUACAAUCCCCAUCAAUCAACAUGAAGUUCCUUGCUCUCCUCGUCAGCGCAAUGGCUGUCUCUGCCUCUGUCGUCCCUCUGGACACCAGAGCCAAGACCAAAAUCUCCUAUCUCCCCAAGAAGUCCAUCAACUGCGGUGGCAAGGAUGCCAGAGCCAGCACGUACAAACCCAGCACCAUCAAGUCGGCCGCGGAAGCAGCCUUCUCGAACGUCCUCGCCAAAAAGAAAGUCGGCGACAACAACUACCCCCACAGUUACGGCAUGAACGAUGACGGCGUCAAGUUCACCAGCUCGGUUUGCAAAAAGGGCGACGACCUCUACGAGUUCCCCAUCAAGACGCACGGCAAGUUCACCAGUGGCAGUGUUAAAGACCUGCCCGACCGGGUGGUUAUCAAGAAGAAGUCCAAGAAGGAGGCGUACUACUGUGGUUUGAUCACGCAUAUUAAUGCUCACGGUGAUGCCAAUGCUCCAUUUACCAGCUGCUCUGGUUAGUGUAUAGUAUUUGACUUAGCGGGUAGGAUAGGAGUUGAUUGAUUAUUUACGGUUUUACACUUAUUUCCA